AUUGAAGCUUUUAGUAUGUGUGUACACAAAGAUUUAGGCGACAUUCAACAGAUUACUUCAGCAAAUAUGAGAUGGUCAGGCGCUCGUCAUGCUUCGAACGGACAACAGCACUUGUAGAUCAAAGACUUUGAAAUAUUCUUUCUAUUUCUUUGGAGAAUAUAUAUUUUAGAGUAGAAUGUUGAUUAGGUGUUAUAUUUUUGUGACCAUAGUGUUAUUGAGUGUAAUUUGUGAAGAAACGAUCACAAAAAAGAGACAGAGAAGAUAUUUAUUGUUCACACCAGCCACACAGUGGGGGGUAUUCGCCACGGUAUCCAUCCCCCUUCACCCGAACACGUACGUGAGCGUCGCGUGGUUCCUGGAAGCCAACUACUACAACGUCGACAAUGCUACAUACUUCGAGCCCUUGCUGGGGGAUAUUGAAACUGUAUCAAGAAAAAGACUUGACCGUAGUAUUGAAGCACCAAAGAAAGUGAUGACCAGAAGCAGUGUCUAUACUCUAAUCGAGUCCAUGCUACAAAAACAUGGGUAUCCUGGUCGCCCAUGCUUACUUAGACUCAUAUGCGAGAAUGCUUAUGCUCAUUUCUUGCAUAAUGGUUUGAUCGGAGACUUGAUAUACUUAAUCCUAACACCAUCUGCUUCCAUGUCUGAAGAUGAUCUAGAAGACAGUUUCUACGAAGCAGAAUACUAUGGCUUGGAUAAAAAGUGCAAAAGAUACACCAAACACUGUCCAUCGAAUCUUCUCGAAACGAUAACUAUGUAUACUGAUGCUGAUAAUACGGCGUAAAUAAAUACAAUUGACUAUUACUGUGUAUUUGUAUUAAUUAUGACCAUUGAAUAGGUAACAAUCAAUUGC